AUGCCACAUCUUCUCGGCAAGCUUUUAACUCCGGAACAGAUUGCUACGCGUCGUGCGAAGCGAAUUCAGCGACGAGCAGCUAUAGGUGAAGAUGCUAAACCGACAGACGUAAGCAACCAGUUGUUCAUUGAAGGCUCCGUGCGAUUCUACAAACGUCACUUUGUGAUUGUGGAGCCCGAGGAUACGAAUCCGAUUGCUUGGCCAGCAAAACUAGAGCAGUCGCCAAAGCAUAUUUUGAGUCUGUAUAUGGCCGCAUUAACGAACCUUUACGGGGAAAACAUCCGGAUGGCAAAGAUAAGCCCAUUGCUCCUGACAGCUGCAAUUCCAUAUACCAGUAUAUGUAGCAGUGGACAGUGGAGAGACAGUAAUGUACCAACAAAGAAGCGAGAGGAUGACGCACAUGAUCUUUUAGUGUUUCCCGAGUCUCUGCGUGUAUAUGAUGUCGUUCCAUCACAAAUUUCUAACUUGGUGAGCAUGUCUUUGGACAAGAAUUUGGAUUUUCAAGCUAUGCUGGAAAAAGAAAAUUUCCGGUAUAAGCGAAUGGAAGAAGGUUUACAUUUUAUGGUCUGCGGUCAUGUUGCCAGAGACAAACGCUGUGGAUGCAGGGGACCGGAAUUAUUGCAGUGGCUCAAGACUUUGACACACAAAACAAAUAAAUCAGUACAUUUGUAUACGUCUAGUCAUUUCGGGGGUCAUCGAUACGCUGCAAGUUGUAUUGUAUACCCUCGUGGUGACUGGUUUGGUCUAUUAAACGACAAAAACAAGGCAAAAACAAUGCUUCAAGCAGUUCAUGAUGAAGAUCCACUGCAAUUGUACGAGCUGUGGCGAGGUCGCUUAGGUCUUACGGUCGAAGAAAUGCUACAAACCGUAAGAAAGCGAGUCAAAAAAUCCCACAAAUCGUCUUCACACGUCGUUUAG